AUGAAGAUUGUAGGAGUCGGUUUCCGGCCCAAAGACGAAGAACUUGUCGACUUUUACCUCAAACACAAGCUGCUGGGUGAUGAUCCCAGUGUCCUCGUCAUGCCUGACAUUGAACUUUGUGAUGUGGAACCGUGGGAAGUACCAGCGAUGCUGGAAAAAUCAGUAUUACGAUUCGGCGACCCAGAAUGGUUUUUCUUCAGUCCUGUUGAUUUCAAGUAUUCAAAUAGUAAAAGGGUUAACAGGACAACCAAGUGUGGCUUCUGGAAACCCACUGGAAAUGACCGUGACGUUAAGGGCUGGGACACUACCACUGUCAUUGGGAGUAAGAAGACUCUUGUUUUCCACCAAGGUCGUGCUUCCAAAGGUGUUAAGACCAACUGGGUUAUUCACGAAUACCAUGCUUCUACCUUAAAUGAAAACCAGAGGACUUUUGUUUUAUGCCGCUUGAUAAAGAAACCUGGGAACACUACUGAAGGUGGAACUGAUGCACUGAUAAGUGAGAAAGGAGAAUCCAGUAUAAGCAUGGUUUCUAACUAUGAAAAUCAGGGAGUUGCUUAUACAGGAAUGAAAACGAUCUUUCCAGAAACUGAUCAAUCAGAUACAUGCUUCCCCUCCAGACAACAGUCUCUAAUUGGUAUUGAUGAGCAAGAGGAAACUUUUUAUCCAAAUUAUCCUUUAAUCAAUGUCUAUUUUAGAAAUGAAAACAUAAAUCAGAUUUUAUAUCAACAAAAAGAGAUGAUUUCUCAACAAAAAGAGAUGGUUUCUCAACAAAAAGAGAUGGUUUCUCAACAAACAGAGAUGGUUUCUCAACAAACAGAGAUGGUUUCUCAACAAACAGAGAUGGUUUCUCAACAAACAGAGAUGGUUUCUCAACAAACAGAUAUGGUUUCUCAACAAACAAAGAUGGUUAUUCCAUCUCAACAAACAGAGAUUGAUUCUCAACAAACAGAGAUUGUUUCUCAACCAAUGCAUAUUUCUUUUGAAUCUAUAAUUUCAGAGGAAGAUGAGUUCUUCACAUCAAUUUUAACUAUUGAUGAAGAAAUUACUCAGGAUCCAUUUCAACCACUGCAUAUUUCUCUUGAAUCUAUAGUUUCAAAGGAAGAUGAGUUCCUCACAUCAAUUUUAAGUUUUGAUGAAGAAAUUACUCAAAUUCCAGACAGAGAAAUUACUCAGAUUUCAUCGGAACCAAUACAGUUUCCAUCGGAACCAAUAUAUUGUGAAGACUACAAUUAUCCAGAUGCAAAAGUCAUCUUUAAAGACUACAAGAUUGAAGAUAUUUCAAUUAUGUAUGAUGAAUAUUCUAAUUUGAAUAAUUAUCAUGCAUCAAAAAGAUUUAAAACAUAA